UUUCUUUUCAUCACUCUUUCUUCUUCAUACCGGGCUUCACAUUCGUUAUGCUGUCCCGUAUCGCCUUACGUUCAAGGGGUGCUCUUGCACGCAUGCCCGUGCAAGCACCACGCUUGGUGUCUCUCGCUCCUACUCGCGCCGUCACUGCCAACUACACCAAGACCUUUGUUCGUCUUCAGCACACCACCAAACCUCUUGCUGCCAAGGAAACGUUCGCUCCUCUUGAUACUUUCCCUCGUCGCCACAUUGGUCCCAAGGGUGCUGAUGUUGAAGCUAUGUUGAAGGAAAUCGGUGUCAAGGAUGUCGAUGAAUUGCUCGCUCAGGCUAUUCCUUCUUCCAUCCGUUCUCCUAAGCCUUUGGCUAUCGGUGAAGGCAUCACCGAACGUGAUUUGUUGGAACGUUUGAAGGCCGUCGCCUCCAAGAACAAGGUCCUCCGUUCCUACAUUGGUACUGGUUAUACCAACACCGUUGUGCCCAAUGUCAUCUUGCGCAACGUCAUGGAGAACCCCGCUUGGUACACUCAGUAUACUCCUUACCAACCCGAAAUCUCUCAGGGUCGUCUCGAGUCCUUGUUGAACUUCCAGACCAUGGUCACUGAUCUUACCGGUAUGGAAAUUGCCAACGCUUCUUUGUUGGAUGAAGGUACCGCUGCUGCCGAAGCCAUGUUGAUGACCUGGCAAGCCGGUCGCCGCAAGAAGAACACCUUCAUCGUUGAUGUCAACUGCCAUCCCCAGACGAUCGCUUGUGUCCAGAUGCGUGCCGAAUCUUUCAACAUCAACGUCGUUGUUGCUGAUGCUUUUACCUACAAGUGGGAAGAAAACAAGAAGGAUCUUUGCGGUGUCUUGUUGCAGUAUCCCAACACCCGCGGCACCGUUCAGGACUACGAAGCUUUGACCGCCACCGUGCACAAGGCUGGUGGUCAAGUCGCCGUUGCCACUGACUUGUUGGCCCUUACCCUCUUGAAGGCCCCCGGUGAGUUUGGGGCCGAUAUUGCCUUGGGUAACAGCCAGCGUUUCGGUGUCCCAUUGGGCUUCGGUGGUCCCCACGCCGCUUUCUUCGCUUGCAAGGAAGAACACAAGCGCCGCAUGCCCGGCCGUCUCGUCGGUGUCUCCAAGGAUGCCAGUGGCAACCCUUGCUACCGUUUGGCUUUGCAGACCAGAGAACAGCACAUUCGUCGUGAGAAGGCUACCAGCAACAUCUGUACCGCUCAAGCCUUGUUGGCCAACAUGUCCGCCAUGUAUGCCGUCUACCACGGUCCUGAGGGCUUGAAAGACAUUGCUCAGCGCAUUCACAACAUGACUGCUGUCUUGGCCGAAGGUGUUCGCAAGUCGGGCUUCACCAUCGAAAACGAUGGUGCUUUCUUCGAUACUUUGUCCAUCAAGGUCGACAGCGCCUCUGCUAUCAUUCAAAAGGCUCUUGAUAAGGGUAUCAACUUGCGCAGCAUCAACGCUCACACCGUUUCUGUUCAAUUGGAUGAAACCGUUACCAAGAACGACGUCAACGACUUGCUUUCCGUCUUCCAGACCGAUGCUGCCGUGACUAUUGAUGAAGCUGCCAAGGUCAUUGCUGACGGUAUGGUUGCCUUCCCUCCUCAGUUGAAGCGUACCUCCAAGUUCUUGCAACACGAGAUCUUCAACACUCACCACUCUGAAACCGAAAUGCUCCGUUACAUCCACCACCUCCAGAGUAAGGACUUGUCUCUUGUCCACUCUAUGAUCGCUUUGGGUAGCUGUACCAUGAAGCUCAAUGCCACCUCUGAAAUGAUUCCCGUCACCUGGCCCGAAUUCGCCAACAUCCAUCCUUUCGCCCCUGUUGAUCAGACUGAAGGUUACCGUAUCAUGUUGGAAGAAUUGGAAAAGGAUUUGGAAGAAAUCACCGGUUUCGAUGCUGUGUCUUUGCAACCCAACUCCGGUGCUCAGGGUGAAUACGCUGGUCUUCGUUGCAUCCGUUCUUACCACGAAGCUCGCGGUGACUCCAAGCGUAACGUGUGCUUGAUCCCCAUCUCCGCUCACGGUACCAACCCUGCUUCGGCUGCCAUGGCCGGUAUGGAUGUCGUUAUCAUCAAGUGUGAUGACAAGGGUAACUUGGAUAUGGAUGACUUGAAGGCCAAGGCCGAGAAGUACCAGGAUCGCUUGGCCGCCAUCAUGAUUACCUACCCUUCGACCUUUGGUAUCUUUGAACGCGGUGUCGCUGAAGCCUGUGAAGUCAUUCACAAGUACGGUGGUCUCUGCUACAUGGAUGGUGCCAACUUGAAUGCUCAGAUCGGUCUUACCAAGCCCGCCGAAAUCGGUGCUGAUGUCUGCCACAUGAACUUGCACAAGACUUUCUGUAUUCCCCACGGUGGUGGUGGUCCCGGUAUGGGUCCCAUUGGUGUCCGCGACAUCUUGGCUCCUUACCUUCCUGGCCAUCCCCUCGUUGCCACUGGUGGUGAAAACGCCACUGGUCCCGUCUCUGCUGCUCCCUACGGUUCGGCUUCCAUUCUUCCCAUCUCGUGGGCUUACAUCAAGAUGAUGGGUGGUAACGGUUUGACCGAUUCCACCAAGACUGCCUUGUUGAGCGCCAACUACAUGAUGAGCCGUCUUGCUCCUCACUACGAAGUGUUGUAUACCAACGAGAACGGCAAGUGUGGUCACGAAUUCAUCGUUGAUAUCCGUCCUUUCAUUCCCCAUGGUAUUGAAGCCAUCGACGUUGCCAAGCGUCUUCAGGAUUACGGUUUCCACAGUCCUACCAUGUCUUUCCCUGUUGCCAACACUCUCAUGAUCGAACCCACCGAGUCCGAAUCCAAGGCUGAGUUGGACCGUUUCUGUGAUGCCAUGAUCCAGAUCCGUCAAGAAAUCCAGGAAGUCAUUGACAAGAAGGUGCCCAAGGACAACAACGUCCUCAGCAACUCGCCUCACUCCAUUGAAGUUUUGACCGCCAGCACCUGGAACAGACCCUACAGCCGAGAAUUGGCUGCUUUCCCCAUGGCUCACCUUCGCGAAAAGAAGUUCUGGCCCUCGGUCUCUCGUGUCGAUGAUGCCUAUGGUGAUCGUAACUUGAUUUGCACUUGCCCUUCGCCUGAGGAAUACUUGGAAGAGUAAUUUUUUUUUCGCAAGAUAUAAUCUCCUUCUUCUUCCCUUAUCAUUGUAAAUUUUAGAAUUAAACCAUUUUUUUGUUGCUUUUAUUCUUUUUUGUCUUUUUGUGAUUUUUUCAACUACCAUCUAAUACAAUUUUUUCGAAUCGAAUUUAUUUCGGGAAAAA